AUAUAUACAACCUAGGAUUAAAUACAUUGAAAGCAAAGUCUCAAGUUCCUAAAAUGGUUUGCUUUUGUUUCCUGGUAGACCAGAGGAGGAAGGUGUGGCGGAGCAAGCCGGUGGCUGGGACAUGUUCAAGAUGUGGGUGUGGAGCAAGCGUCGCUGAUAUAAAGACUUCGACUAGGUUUUGCUAUAUUCCAGUUUACUGGAAAUCUUGGAAAGCAAUCAUGUGUACUUUUUGUGGAGCCAUUCUCAAAUAUUAUAGAUAAAAUUUCUGCAGAUAUAUGUGUGUGUAUAUAGUUAGCUCCACAGAAUAUUUUGGUGUGAUGAGUAAAGGUGUAUGGAACUGUAACUAUAGGCGGCUUUCUGUUGGUUAGUCAUGGAGUGGAAUAUGGAGACGAGGAUUUUACUCUAAGUUUAUAAAUUUUACUCUGUUGAGAAAGUAUUGAAAAGAAGUGGAUAAUUAAUUAUAAUUAACUCCAAUUACUAUGAACUGGUUGUUAAGUUUUAGUUUGUAUUUUAACAACUAUUAUUUUAAUAUUUUCCUUCUUCC